CUCUAAACCAUAUUAUUUUAUAAUCUGUUAAAAAUGUUUUUCAAAUACUACUUUUAUUAUCAUUGUUAUUAUUAUUGUUAUUGUCAUUUUUGUUAAUCUUCGUCAUCUUUCAUUUCAACCACUGGCAUCAACACCAUCAGCCUCAUCACCAUCUUCAUCAUCAGCAAUCGCCGCCCUCCUCCUCGUCGCCGUCGUUCUCUUCUUCUUCUCCUUCUGCUGGUCCUGGCUUUCACCUCCACGUCUGAUUGAUUGUCAUUUCCAAGUAAACUGUCUAUCCACAACAGUUUUUUUUAACAAGGGAAAAGCAUUACUGUGAUCAACUCUCCACAUUUUGACAGUAGUGGUUACAAAUAUUUUAAUUUGCAUUAAUUGAUGAUUAACUGAGAACCCAAGUGUACGCACACCACACACAUACACACAAACAAAUAGACAUUUCACCCCCCAUCUGUAUUGAUUUCUCGCAUUCAUUUGUCUAGGAAUGAUGACAAAACUGUUGAAUAGCCUAAAUGAACCAUUACGUCAUCAUAAAAUAUCAGAUCAAAGCGUUCUGACAGUUACAUCGAAUUAUACAGAGUUAACAAAAUUAAAUACUACUAAUAACAACAGCCUUGACACAACAUCACCAUCAUCAACACUUAUGACAACAGAGACGGUGAACAAAACAUCGACUACCUCUACAUCAAUACUAGAUGAUACAAGCAGUGAAGAUACUCAUAAUAUGAAUGGUAAUCAUAUACUAUUAGAUACUUGUGAUGAAUGUAUUCUAUCGUCUUGUAAUAGUUCAAUUCUAAUGGAUGAACAUGAAAUGGAUUCGAGUAAUUCCCCAUCUUGUUUACCACCGUCUUGUUCCUCAUCCUCUUCCUUGUCCCCGUGUUCUUCUUCUUCUUCUUCGCCUGCUCUUCCUCCAUCUUCUUCUUCUUCUUCCAGCUUGAUAACAAGUACAUGUGUUACCAUGGCAAGUGAUCAGAAAACAAUUCACACUACCGAGAAUAAUAUCGGUGAAGAUAUUUGUGAUUCCAGUGAACAUUGUACCAGUGAUCAGCAUAAUCAACAUUUGCCGCAUGAAGAUCCAGUUGACGGGGACACAAAUAUGCUGGAUACACAUCGUUCUAUGCUGAAUACCUCAUCUAUGCAUGUUGAUCAUGAUAAGCCAGCAUUUAAAAAAGAUAAUCAUCAUGAUAGUAGAUGGAAUAUGAAAAAUACAAAAUUAUUUGUUGGACAAAUACCAAGAAGUAUGCAAGAGAAUGACUUGAGGCUGAUAUUUGAAGAAUUCGGACCAAUUUAUGAUUUGCUUAUAUUAAGAGAUAAAAUUACUGGAAUGCAUAAAGGCUGCGCUUUCGUUACAUUCUGUCACAGGCAGUCAGCUUUAAAAUGUCAAGACGCUUUACAUGGUAAACAAACAUUACCUGGGAUGGCAAGACCUUUACAAGUGAAAACUGCUGAUAUGGAACGUCGUACAGGUCCGUGA